GGCGCCGACGUGGACAGCCACAUUCAGCUGACAUUCAAGCCCUAACGACCUAUGGCGGAUGAAAAGGCCACAAGCGGCGAGCAUGCGGACUGGACAACGUCGUUGGAGUCGGACAGCGGAGAAGUGAGCGGAGUCCAAGUCGAGGCUGCCGGAGCCGAGGCCGCAGCUGCAGUGGAGCGGAACCACGUAGAGAGGAUGAGACGAGCAGACAAGGCAGAGGAGGAGAGGGGCGUCGCUGCGGCUCGAGCCAAAGCAGGAGAGACCAUCGCCGGGAUAGCGUCGGGCUCGGUGCCGUCCCCCAGGAGAGCUUCGUCUCCUGCCGCUCCCGUUUGGAGGGACAAAGACGAAUGUGAGGCCGCUGCCAAGGACAGAGCACGCUUGGAGAAGAUUGCGAAGGAGAUGGCCGACAUAGCGGCAACGAGAAAGCAAGAAAGAGAGACCACGGCCAAUCCUCGAGACCUCCACGACCUCUCUUGAUUGAAACAACUUUCAUACGAGUUGAGAAUAAAUCCCGGAGGGUUUGCUGUAAAUUUGUUCAAUCUAGUUUUAGUCGAUUCUCUGCGUCUCUAGUUUUUC